GCUUUUGCGCAAAAGCGUUGUACGGUUUGCGCACAGAGACGCGAAGAGACGCAAAUCGAGAGCCUCCCUCGACUUUUCCCCUUUAAAGCGUUUCCCUUUUUCUUUUUUUUCACACCCUCCCUCCCUCCUGCCUCCCUGCUUCGGCGCCUCCGUGUUGUGCUGGAGCGUGCGCAUGCGCACCACCAGUGGAGUCACGGCACCGGCCAGAAGAAGUUGGAGCUCUCGUGCCUUCAGAGAGGGAGGGGAAAAAAAGCCACCAAAACAAGCCUCCAGAUCUUCCACACCUGCACGUGUCUGUCCGAGAGGAUGAGGAUGUUCAGGAUGAGGAAGGCUGGCCUGGCUCGGGUAUGGACUCUGCCUGUGCUCGUGGCUGCCGUGUGCGCGCAAAGCGUGAACGACCCUAGCAACAUGUCCCUGGUGAAGGAGACGGUGGACAGGCUGCUGAAGGGCUACGACAUUCGCCUGAGGCCAGAUUUUGGAGGUCCUCCAGUAGGGGUGGGGAUGAAUAUAGACAUAGCAAGCAUAGACAUGGUAUCAGAAGUCAAUAUGGAUUACACGUUAACAAUGUAUUUUCAACAAGCCUGGCGGGAUAAACGGCUGUCGUACUCCGAAAUUCCUCUGAAUUUAACCCUGGAUAACCGGGUAGCGGAUCAACUGUGGGUUCCGGACACGUACUUCCUAAACGACAAGAAAUCCUUCGUCCAUGGAGUAACGGUGAAGAACAGGAUGAUCCGGCUGCAUCCGGACGGCACAGUGCUGUACGGACUCAGGAUCACUACAACUGCAGCCUGCAUGAUGGACCUGAGGAGAUACCCGCUAGACGAACAAAACUGCACCCUGGAAAUUGAGAGCUAUGGCUACACUACAGAUGAUAUUGAGUUCUACUGGCGUGGAGGGAACCAUGCGGUGACAGGAGUGGAGAGGAUAGAACUGCCCCAGUUCUCCAUCGUAGAUUACAAGCUGAUAUCCAAGAAUGUGGUCUUUUCUACAGGCGCUUACCCUCGGCUUUCCCUCAGCUUUAAACUGAAGAGGAACAUCGGCUACUUCAUUCUACAGACCUACAUGCCCUCUAUCCUUAUCACCAUCCUCUCCUGGGUCUCCUUCUGGAUCAACUACGACGCUUCUGCUGCGAGAGUGGCUUUAGGUAUCACCACUGUCCUGACCAUGACCACCAUCAACACACAUUUGCGAGAGACCCUUCCCAAGAUCCCCUACGUUAAAGCCAUCGACAUGUACCUGAUGGGCUGCUUUGUCUUCGUGUUCCUGGCCUUGCUGGAGUACGCCCUGGUCAACUACAUCUUCUUCGGCCGGGGUCCACAGAGACAGAAGAAAGCGGCGGAGAAAGCCGCCACCGCCAACAACGAGAAAAUGAGGAUGGAUCCAAACAAGUGGUUGGUGGGAAAUGUAGUUCAGAGAGACGAUGGUUUGUAUGCCAGAAUGAAACAGAGGGAUAUUGAUGCUCAUGACUCGAUGUGGGAACCGAUCUUUAUGGACGAUGCAGCGAUAGGACUAGGCGAUCAGAAAAAUAAGAUGGACCCCCACGAAAACAUCCUGCUGACCCCUCUGGAGAUUAAGAACGAGAUGGGUGCGUCUGAGCUGGCGCUGGGUUUGGGCGACCCCCGCAGCACCAUGCUGGCGUACGACAGCUCAGCGCUACAGUACCGUAAAGCCGGCCUGGCCCGGCACAACUUCGGCCGGAACGCACUGGAGCGCCACGUGGCCCAGAAGAAGAGCCGGCUAAGGAGGCGCGCCUCACAACUGAAGAUCACCAUCCCCGACCUAACGGACGUAAACUCUAUCGACAAAUGGUCGAGGAUGAUCUUCCCCACCGUCUUUUCUUUCUUCAACAUCAUUUACUGGCUCUAUUACAUCAAUUAAGCGAACACUAGUGCAGCAGCUACAGCGCCACUGUUUUUUUAUUUAUUUAUUUGAAUUCUUUUUAACCAUUCGAUUUUUCCACACAAGCAAGUUUUACAAUAUACUGAUAUCUGAAAGCCAGGACUAAUUCUACUCAAUGUUUCCUGGAACAUCUUACCUUAAUUGCUGGCUUACGCAGAUUCCAGUAACGAGAGAUUACCGAACAAAACCGUGCCUGUUCCACAUUCCACUCAGACCCCGUUCACACCUGGUCACGUCAUGCAUCCUGAGUAUCAGGAUUGUAUCUGGAUAAAGCCAAUCCACAUAAAAAUAUAACUUUAAAUGAACCCACAUUUAAGUCAUCUAGUCAUUAAAACCACUUCAGGAGAUGGUCUGAGACGCAUUUAAAUCAGAUGCAAAUUCGGUCUCUCAAAACCACUUCAAGAGGUGGUCUAAGACACAUAAAAACAGAUACAAAUCCUGUCACCCAAACCACUUCAGAAAGUGGUCUGAGACACAUUUAAACUGGAUACAAAUCUGAUUCACUGGAAUCUCUUUCUACUACAAGCAAAAUACCACUAGUAAUUGCUUUCUUGUAUCACUUUCAAGUACAAAUAUAUGUGGCUAAAGUCUGAUCUGAAUACAAUUCAGAUACAAUCACAUGGAGAAACCAGGUGUAAACAGGAUCAUUAGAUAUCAGAAUAGAUUCCGUAGUGUGUUUAGUGUUUUUAAAUGUUUUUAAAUGUUAUUUUAAUUUAUUUUUUAUUUGUCUAUUAACUUGUUUCUUAUACCAGACAGUCAAAAAAAUGUUUAGUAUUUUAAAUUUGAAAAUUAAUUCCACUUUUAAUUAGCCUUCACUGCCUGAUUUUUUCUGAUAUUGCAAAAUUUGAUUUUAUAUACUUCAGAAAUAGUUUUCUCAACUUGUGAUUUAAGAGGUUUCUUAAAGUAAUGAUAUUUUUUACAUUAGCAUAACUGAGAAAUUAUGUUCCAAUAGUUAUGAUUUUUACACUUUUGACAAAGGUUGCAUACCUCCUUUUAGCUUACAAACCUGGUUUACUAUUAUGGGAUGCUAACACUCCAAAAGCCAGUCCAUCAGCUGUUGAUAAAUCAUAAGGUUCAGUGCUGCUUUAGGAGUUACACUGACUGAGGACUUUUAUCACUGUCUAACCUAACAACUGUUGAUAAGUUACAACUGUUGCUUUUAGGCCACGCCCAUACAAUUGGGGGAAACAGUUUGGCAGUUACUAUUGACUUGCAUUAUGAAUUUAUCAUAAUUGCUUUUUUUGAACUAACAUUACAAAUGUGCCAAAAAGCUGUUGUGUUAAUUACAUUUUUAACACGAUUCCAAAACCAUAUUUAUACUCAUUGUCAAAAAAACGGUUGCAAAAAUAGUUGGACCCAGAAGAAGUGAUUGCAGUGCUGUUCAGAAGGAAUUUAAAUUUAGACUGAUCUAGUCAGUAUUUAUUAAGAUACACACACACAACUUGCCAGACAUCUAGAGGUUCCUAAUGGUGUCCUGUUAUAACCCAACCCAUGCAGCUCACACAUUCUUAAUUAGGGAUAAGUCUGUUGAUGUGACUGGUCAUCAUAGCAUCUGUGUCUUUAAAGGACCAUUAAGAAUAAUAUUUUCUGUAGUAACUCAUAACAUAUUAUUAAGGAAACCUGGUAAAGCUCUGGCAACGUAUAUAUUCACUGAUUAGCUACAGAGUAAGACCCUAAAUGAUUGGAACUGGCAACCCGCAUGAGCUUCACGUCUGGGCAAGGAUGGGUCAGAAAACUCUAUCCAGUGUUUGGGAAUCGGACUCUUGGAGUAAUUGCGUGAUUCUUCAAAUUUUCU